GACCUUCAGACUGAAGGUCUGCGAACACUGAAGUUCAGUGUUCGCAGUGCCAUCAACCGCAGAAGCGAUCGCGAUGCCGUUCCGCAUGUGGAAUCGAUCGAGAGUCAGAUGCCUUUCGGAUUUAUCAUCGGAUCUGUAUUGCCCAUGCUUUGCCCACUUCGACGAGGAGCUCCCGAUUCUCGGGUCUCUUGCUUUGACUAUCGAUCUUCCCACCCUGGCCCUGCCCUGCUCUCUGUCUUUGCUGUUGAGGCGAUGGUGCCGCGCUCGCUCUCAUUGCAAUUUUGGCCUUGCAAGCUGACGUCCCCCUACUGCCGGUCAUGUCCGCGUCCUCGGACAUCUGCGGCAUCGACGUGCAGGCGCUGUAUCUGAAUGACCCGGGCAACAAGAAGGAGCCGGUCGGGUACGUCUUGUGCUCGGAAAUGGGCAAUACGUGCAUGAAAAACGGCUGCAGUUGUCGUAGCGCCGCGAACGCAGAAGUGAACGGCACAACCAAGUACUUUGGUGUCUGCGUGGUUCUUCAGAAAGGAAAGGACUGUGUCACGAGUGGAGACGACUAUCUCACUUGUGCAGUUAGUUCGGAGACUUCAGGUAAUACCGUCACGGAGUCACAGAACGAGUCGAGCGUUACGAGGAGCAGCACGAACACUCAGGCGACGACAGAGAGCAACGCGACGCCGUCUGCUAGUACCAAUUCCAGUUCCAGUGGCGCCGACACUACUGUAGCAGUGAAGAGCACUGCUGCUUCCUCCGACUCCAUGAGCACGACUGUGAUGAUUGUCAUCAUCGUCGUCGCGGUUGUUUUCGUGGCGCUGGUCUCGUGGGUCGUACGUUCCUAUUGCAUGCGUCGUUCCGCAGCAGAGGGCAAACUUGCAUCUAGACGGAAUCGCAGCCACCGCAGCACCAACUUCGAGGCGACGUCACCGACCAAUAUGACGGGCAGGUCGUCUACUACGCCAUCAUUCCCGGCGUUCGACCGACGCACGCGUGCGAUGCAGUCACCGACCACGAAUUCUGGUAGGAGUGGAGGGGGCCGGAGCGGACGAAACACUCCGCGCUCCCGAGAAACGAACUCUAGUCGCGGCCGAAGAAACCAGGACAUUGACGCGCAAUUUGCCCCGGGCGGUCCCCGUGACAUCACCCGCGAGCCGGCGUCUGGCCGUGGACGGCGAAAACAGGAAUCGGAUGCGCCGUUCCCACCGCUCGGGGGCCCACGACGCGAGCCGACUUCAGGCCGUGGACGACGUAACCCGGACAAUGAAGGGCCCUUUCCACCGCUCGGCGGCCCACGCCGGGAGCCGACUUCAGGUCGUGGACGACGAAACCCUGACAACGACGCCCCGUUCCCUCCUCUCGGAGGCCCAAGGCGUGAGCCGACUUCGGGUCGCGGCAGGAAAAACACUGACAUUGACGCCCAGUUUGCUCCGAACGGACCCCGUGGAUUUAGAGAACCAGGACGUGAGCCCACUUCAGGACGUGGCCGUCGAGACAAUGGAUACCAGGCAGAACCAGCCAUGCGGACUCCGCCGCGCGAACAGCAAAGAGCAAAGCAGCAUGCGUCUCCGAAGCAGGCGGCUAGGCCAGCUUCGAACAACGGAGCGGAGCCGUCGGGCGGCACUGUGUACACUGGCCGCAACACGUACGAACGGGUUGCGCAGUUUGCUCAGCUAGCAGCGUUUGAGGCUCCACCUCCGCCACCUCCUAGACCACAAAAGCCGAUUAAGCCGGUGCCCGUGUCGGACCCAGUUCCCAAGAAUGCUCGAGCUCCACCUCCACCGCGUCCCCCAGCACCGAAGCGCCCGGCCUUCCACAUUCCCGACGACCCGUUACCUACAGACUACGACAUUCUGUCCCCCAAGACGGCCAGGUCGCUGGCACCGUCCGUCGCGUCAUCGGCGACAACUGUAGUUGCACCAGGACGCAAUCGCCCGACUCCUCUUCAACAGAAUCGACGACCGCAGUAUACGAACGCUGCGCCGUCAUAUUAUCAGUCGGGCUACAGUCGCGACGACAACAACUAUGCUGAAAGCACUGGCUUCGACGACAGCAGGUUCGAUGAGAGCAAAUACGAUGAAAGCAAUUAUGGCGACAGUCGCUACGAUGAAAGCAGCUACGAAAGCAACAAGUUUAAGGGUACAAACAACUACGACGACUCGUUUGUGAGCGAAGUGAGCUCAAUGGCGUGGUCGGGGGCGUCGGGAUUAAGCGACGACAGCUACUACCAUGCAGCGCCGAGCAACACGGCUCGCAUUCCCGUCAUUGAGGCGCCUCGUGACGAUGACGACGACCACAGUGAAGACGGCUAUUCCGACUGGGGUCACUCGACACAGCAUUCCUCCGAUGCGUUCCGAAGCACAGCAGGCUCGGACGCGUCCUUCUUCUCCGUGAACUCGGACUUCGCGGACUCAAAAAACGUCUUCAAAGAGCGCGAGUUCUAGACCCGCCAAUGAUGUCUGUCCGAACGAGGGGCAGAUAGCAGACGAGCAAAGUAGAUCUGUGGAUAUUGUUAACAGUGGGGGUGACCUAGUAAAUAAAAGUAACGUGUUGUCAUCCA